GUGUACUCGUGUCCAUGCUCCAUGCACGCCGCGCUUUAUUCUUCUAGAGAGUCGCAAACCAAACCGGGAAAAGGAAAGGAAAGGAAAGGAGAUAAUUAUAGCGAAGAUCCGAGUGAGUGACAAGUGCUGGUUUUUGGCUUAACCGGGCCGCUUCCACUUUCCGUCCUUCCUUCAAACAUCUCCCACCGAGUAGAAGAUUCUUAAUCUGGUUUGAGCCCCUCUCUUGAUUAGAUCUCGUUCUCUUCCAAUUCAAUCCUCCCAAUUCUUCUGGUUUUCUGUCCUACUGCAGCAGGGCAGCGUCGGAGCACGAGAAGAUGUUUAGGAUUCUCACGCAGAGGGUUUUGGGACAGUCGCUGCUGCAGCAGGGGAUUCGCCCUGGAGCUGUUGCUUCGGCUUCGAGAUGUUUCGCUUCCGCUGCAAAAGAUUUAACUGUAAGAGAAGCCCUGAACUCUGCACUUAAUGAGGAAAUGUCAGCUGACCCACGUGUGCUUUUAAUGGGUGAAGAGAUAACGAAAGGGCUACUGGAUAAGUACGGACCUGAUAGGGUCCUCGAUACCCCAAUCACAGAGGCUGGUUUCACCGGUAUCGCUGUCGGUGCUGCUUACCAUGGUCUCCGCCCUGUGGUCGAGUUCAUGACCUUUAACUUCGCAAUGCAGGCGAUUGACCAUAUCAUCAACUCUGCUGCAAAGACGUAUUACAUGUCAGCUGGACAGAUAUCUGUGCCUAUAGUCUUCAGAGGACCUAAUGGUGCUGCUGCUGGAGUUGGCGCUCAACACUCUCAGUGUUAUGCAUCAUGGUAUGCAUCCUGCCCUGGGUUGAAAGUGCUGGCGCCAUAUUCGUCAGAAGAUGCACGUGGACUGCUCAAAGCUGCAAUAAGAGACCCAGAUCCUGUUGUUUUCCUCGAGAAUGAAUUGCUGUAUGGCGAGGCAUUUCCUGUUUCCGCUGAAGUACUUGAUUCCAACUUUGCUCUUCCUAUUGGGAAAGCCAAGGUAAUGGUGUGGACAAGUUAUUCCUCUGUCUUUGUGGCAUGUUGUAAUGUUCAUUGUAAUUGUCUUCCCAUUUACGGCUUUUUGUUCCAACAGAUAGAGAGGGAAGGAAAAGAUGUGACUAUCACAGCUUUUUCAAAGAUGGUUGGCUUUGCUCUCAAGGCUGCUGAAAUACUUGACAAGGAAGGAAUCAGCGCUGAGGUGAUAAAUUUGAGAUCAAUUAGGCCAUUAGAUCGAGCCGCGAUAAAUGCUUCAGUCAGGAAAACCAACCGACUGGUGACUGUCGAAGAAGGGUUUCCUCAGCAUGGCGUUGGCGCUGAGAUUUGCACAUCUGUGGUUGAGGAGAGUUUCGGUUAUUUGGAUGCACCAGUGGAGAGGAUCGCCGGGGCUGAUGUUCCAAUGCCAUAUGCAGCUAAUUUAGAGAGGUUGGCGCUCCCACAGGUUGAGGACAUUGUUCGUGCAGCAAAAAGGGCUUGCUACAGGUCGGUUCCAAUGGCUGCAGCUGUUUGAGUCGGCAUGGAUUUGGGCCAUGACAUCGCUUUUUUAAACGGAAGGUACACACAGAGAUUUGUAUAGCUUUGGCCGCCAUCUCAGGAGAAUGGAGCAGCCAUCAAAUAAUACACACACGUGCGGGAGAUAGUCUAGCUAGACUGCAGCAUCAGAAGAGAGAAUAAUAAAUCCUUUUGUUUUUCCGGCUUUACCUGUAUCUAGAUAUCUUAAUGAAUCUUGUAAGAAAAACAAAGAAGCCUUUGGAGAUGACGAGUGUAAUGACGCGUGAUGCAGAUAAGAGAAUGUGAUGGAGCUCAUCACCAUUAUAUAAUAUCAGACUUUUAUUUCAUUUUCUGGUGGUGGCCGUACGUUUGUUGACAUAAGCA